AUGGCGGUCCCAAAGGUUGAGGAUGAAGCCUGCGGUAGGACUCUUCUUCAUGGCCGCCGACAUCGUCUGAUAUUUGCAGAGUUCCGAUUAGGGAUCGAGCAGUACGAACCACCAUCGUCGGAAUUGUUGGCACCAACCACAUUCGUUUCAGUAUCCAAUAUCAAACUAGACCCGGCCUUGUUCAUCAACUUUGGCGCCAUCCAUGAGCACCUCGACCGUCUUUACACUCUUGCCGACCUCAUCCGCGCUGCCCAUACCACCAUCGACCAACACGAAGCCAGAAUCCAGCAUGAGUUGUCUGAGCUCUGGGAAGACAACCCGGACAUCCGCAAGCGCGGCCUCCGGGGCGGAACAGCACGCAAGCAGCGCAGGAUGAUCGGCAAAUAUGUCCGCAUUACAACCGUGGAUCGCGAACUCGCCGAGCGCCGCUUGGAGGUGGAAAAGAUGGACUAUUUCGGCCGCAACCGCCUUGCAGGACUACGUGGGUUGAGGGUGAUGUUUGAAGAAGCGUUCUGUUUCGUCCGGGACCAACAAUACCAAUGCGAGGAUGUUCUUCGGGGAGAAGUCUUGAUGUAUGGUGUCACUAUGCCGAUAUUGCUUGCACGCCUCGCGACCAUCGACGAUAUUCUCGCGGCAGACAACCUUGGGGAGAUUGAGGAUAUCGAGGACAUGUUGGAAACCUUCCACCAGGAGUAUGAUACAUCUUUGUAA